AUCUCGGUUCUUUCAGCUGUUCGGUUCGGAUGGCUCUGUUCAGCUGAGAUCUUCAGACGGACCGGCUUCCCGCCGUCAGCUCACCCAGCAGGCGGAUCAGAGGGUGAAAUGAUGUCUGGACCGAACCCGUCCUCACAGCACCACCCAGACCCACUCUGCUGCUCGGAAGACAACACCGGACCUGGAGACGAGUCCCUGGACCCAGAACCGCUGCUGGAUCUGAACCAGCAACCCGUCCUCUGUAGCUGGACGGGUCGGGGAGACAGCAGCUGGAGCCAAGAUGGAGACCAGCCGAGAUACAGGCAGUUGGACAGGAAGUGGGUCCUCUGGCACGAGUUCAUGCAGGAACACAGCCACCUGGACGCCUGGCUGCGAUUGGCUGAGCAGGCCAUCAACACCUUGAGCCCCGCCCACCUCACCUACAGCGCCUCCAAGGAGGAGCUGAGGAGGUUCCAGAGGUUGCAGAGCGAGGCGGGAUCCCAGCUGAUCCGGUUGGAGGGCCUGACCCGGAGGAACCGGACCCUUCCUCGGCUCUUCCAGGGUGCCGUCCAGGCCCGGCUGCUGGGGGCGGUGCGGGAAUGUGGGCGGCGAUGGGACAAAGUGGACGCCAAACUGGAAACCAUUACAGGGCGACUGCAGCUCUGUGUCUCAGAGUGGGAGGAGUUUGAAGCAGAGAGGGAGGAGCUUGCGCUCUGGUUGGCAGACAUGGACGCUCUCCUCACGGAAAUCGAUCACAUGACAGGAAGUAACUGCGAGAAGCUGAGAAAGCUGCAGUCCUUCCAGCAGGCGCUGUGCGAGAACUCGGGUCGGGUCAACGACCUGCUGCGGCGCGGCGAGGAGCUGAUCCAGCGCCGCGAGCCGGCCGACGCUCGCCGCGUGGAGAGCCACCUGCUGGAGCUGCUGCGCCGCUGCAGCCACGUCUACGACAACAUCGCCCGCAUGCACACCCGGCUGCUCAGCACCACGCUGGUGUUCGAGGACGACUCGGUUCUGACCCGGCCUGCAGAUUCUGGCUAUCCCUCAGAGUCUGUCCUCCUGUCGGACCUGGACCCGUCCUCGGUUCCGACCCGUCUCAGAGAUUUCAGACAGUCCCUGAACGCAGCACCAACCGGGCUCGCCUGUCGACCUCUGACCCCUCCGCCCUCGCCUACCCAUGAGCACCUGGGGCUGGAGUGGGACCCUUCAGUAGACAUCGGCCGCUCGCUCUCUCACGACGAUGCAGACUCUUCCUACUUCAGCGUCUGUACAGGUCUGUACCAACCAGACGACACCAAGAGGUGGAGCUACCUGAGCUCCUUUGACUCCCGCUCUGACAUCAGCGCUGACAUCACAAACCAGGAAGCAGCUCUGGAAUGGAUGGACCAAACAGAACCAGGGCUGUUCUCACCGGUCGCCGGCAGACAGGAAGAGGACCAAUGGGCCGCCUCGACUCCUGAAGGAGACGUCAACAAGCCAAUGAGGUUUGACGGAGGGCGGGUCAAGGCGUGGCUGAGGGUCCAAAGCUCCGCCCCUGCAGAGACCAUGACUUCCUGUUCCAGGGCGGUGCAGACGGACGGAGACGGGAAGGAUCUUCAUUUCGACAGCUGGCGUCGUCAUGACGACAGACAGCAUCCUCUUCCUGUGCCCUCCUCCAGGGAACCAGCAGGAGCUGUGAUUGGUUACCUGCAGUCGGCUCUACAGGAGGAAGAGGAAUCGUCCUACUGUGAUGAAGAGGAGCAGCUACUCUCUGAGCGCAGCAGACCUUCCUCCUCCUCUUCAUCGGCACUCCUCUUCCUCCUCCUGGCUGCCGCUCUCACCCUACUUGCCGGCCUCAUCCUGGUUGCCAUGGAGCCUCCCUGUCACCAUAGCAACAGGAUGCCACGCUCCCUCCACCUGACACUGAGCUAUGUGAACGGGCCGCCGCCCACCUGAAGCCCAGUCAGGUCAAAGGUCAUCCUCCAGGCUCCCACGCUUUCAGAACCAAACCCCAAUCUCCUGAAGCCGCCACCGGAUCCAAUCCUGUUUGAUCCGAUCCAGUCUGGUUCGAUCUGGUCCGGUCCGACUCUUCCAAGAGUCCGGCAAGGUUUCUCCUAACUUGGCAGCAGGAAGCGUUGGUCCCCCGUCCUGGAUCUACUGGUUCUGAAGGUUCUGCAUGAUGAACCGGGUCUGGGCUCUUAACUUCAGGACCGGACCAUGAACAGAAUGUGUUCGUUUGGAUCUUUUGGUUCUGAUCUAAGCCUGCGGAAAGCUUUCCUGGAAUCUGAAUGAUGAAUUCCGGGAUGUUUUCCCUCCAGCGAGUUUUCCUGCUGUUUUGCUCUGAUCCAGAUCUUCUUGUUGGACUUUUUCAAUAUUUCUUGUUUGAUGGUUUUUGUUCCAGGUUUGAAUUUUUCAAAUAAUCUCUGUCCAGAUUUCAUGAAGAUUAUCUGGGAUUUUCAGGAAUUCAGACAUGAAGGUGGUUCUGGAACAUUUCACUUUUUAUAUUUUGUUUCUACAAAUGAAGAAAAAUCAUCUACACUGUAAAAAAAGGCAGUUUUUUUGUGAAGGAAUGAAAUAAAUAAAAGUUGUGAAUUAGCUCCAGUUUUCACCUUGAUAAAAAGACCGAAUGUUUUGGUUCUGUUUGGACCCGACCACCCCGCCCUCAGCGGUUCUGUUUGAUGACCGGAUCCGAUUGGUCCAGUGAUC